CCUGGGCUGAGCCUCCACCCCCAGCGCUGGAGCGGCGGGGAAGCGGCUCCGGAGUGAUUAAUCCGGGGAUAAUUCACCCCCCGCCCCCCGGCGCGAACCCCGCGAAGCGGGAUUGGAGCGAGUCAUUUCCGAGAGCGCAGCGCGCCUCUCCCCGGCCGGGCGGACACUUGGUUCAUUCCAGCCGCAGAAGCUCAGGGCUCCCGCGUACCGGGAUUUUUUCCGAGCAGAAAAAAGCUCCAGAGCUCCCCUGACCUCCUUUCUCCUCGGCGGCGAGCGGAGCCUCUCCCUCGGCGCUGCCGGCCGCGCCAUGCCGCGCUCGCGGGCACGGGAGCUGGGGCGCUGCGGCUGCCCCGCGGGGAGGGCUCGCGGCGAAGCCGGGAUCUCGGCGCUCGUACCGGGCGCGAGGAGCCGCUGGGGCCGCCCGCCGCCGCCGCCGCUGUCGCCGCCGCCGCUGCUGCUGCUGCUGGGCUGGGGGCUGCUCAGCGCCUCGGCCGCCGCGGGCCAGAACUGCACGUUCCAGCUGCAAGGUCCCAACGGGACGGUGGAGAGCCCAGGAUUCCCGUAUGGCUACCCCAACUAUGCCAACUGCACAUGGACCAUCACCGCACAGGCCCAGCACAGGAUCCAGCUCGUGUUCCAGUCCUUUGCCCUGGAAGAGGACUUCGAUGUUCUGUCAGUGUUUGAUGGCCCGCCCCAGCCGGAGAACCUGCGGACAAGACUCACCGGCUUCCAGCUGCCUGCCACCAUCGUUAGUGCGGCCACCACCCUUACUCUGCGCCUCAUCAGUGACUAUGCAGUCAGCGCCCAGGGCUUCCACGCCAGCUAUGAAGUGCUGCCCAGCCACACGUGCGGGAACCCGGGGAGGCUGCCCAACGGCGUCCAGCAAGGCUCCACCUUCACCCUCGGCGACAAAGUCCGCUACAGCUGCAACCCAGGCUUCUUCCUGGAGGGCCACGCGGUGCUCACCUGCCAGGCGGGCUCGGAGAACAGCGCCACGUGGGACUUCCCCCUGCCCUCCUGCAGAGCGGAUGACGCCUGCGGUGGAACCCUGCGGGGCCAGAGUGGCAUCAUCUCCAGCCCCCACUUCCCCUCCGAGUACCACAACAACGCCGACUGCACAUGGACCAUCCUGGCCGAGCUGGGGGACACCAUCGCCCUGGUCUUCAGUGACUUCCAGCUGGAGGACGGUUACGACUUCCUGGAGGUCACGGGCACCGAGGGCUCCUCUCUGUGGUUCACUGGAGCCAGCCUCCCAGCCCCAGUCAUCAGCAGCAAGAACUGGCUGCGGCUGCAUUUCACAUCGGAUGGCAACCACCGGCAGCGCGGCUUCAGCGCCCAGUACCAAGUCAAGAAGCAGAUCGAGCUGAAGUCCCGAGGCGUGAAGCUGAUGCCGAGCAAAGACAACAACCAGAAGACAUCUGUGUUAACUCAGGUUGGUGUUUCCCAAGGACAUAAUAUGUGUCCAGACCCUGGCAUACCCGAAAGGGGCAAAAGACUAGGCUCAGAUUUCAGGUUAGGAUCCAGUGUCCAGUUCACCUGCAACGAGGGCUAUGACCUGCAAGGGUCCAAGCGGAUCACCUGCAUGAGAGUGAGCGACAUGUUUGCAGCCUGGAGCGACCACAGGCCAGUGUGCCGAGCCCGCAUGUGCGAUGCCCACCUCCGAGGUCCCUCGGGCAUCAUCACCUCCCCAAAUUUCCCCAUUCAGUACGACAACAAUGCACACUGCGUGUGGAUCAUCACAGCGCUCAAUCCUGCCAAGGUGAUCAAGCUGGCCUUUGAGGAGUUUGACUUGGAGAGGGGCUAUGACACCCUGACAGUUGGGGACGGAGGGCAGGACGGGGACCAGAAGACGGUUCUCUACAUCCUGACGGGUACAUCGGUCCCAGAUCUCAUUGUCAGCACUCACCAUCAAAUGUGGCUCCUCUUCCAGACCGAUGGCAGCGGCAGCUCCCUGGGAUUCAAGGCUUCUUACGAAGAUGGCUGGAGCUCUGAGACCCGGAGCAAAAGGGCCGCCUCCCCCAGAAUGCCUCGGGGUAUCCCCUCUUCCGGCCCUGAGCGUGGGCAAAGCCAGCUUCAGAGGAGAGCUCAGAUGGUUUCUGCAGAGAUCGAGCAGGGCAGUUGCGGUGACCCUGGAAUCCCUGCCUAUGGCCGGAGGGAAGGCUCCCGGUUUCGCCACGGUGACACGCUCACGUUUGAGUGCCAGCCUGCCUUUGAGCUGGUGGGGCAGAAGGCAAUCACGUGCCAAAAGAAUAACCAGUGGUCGGCUAAGAAGCCAGGCUGUGUGUUUUCCUGCUUCUUCAACUUCACCAGCCCCUCUGGGAUCGUGCUGUCUCCCAACUACCCGGACGACUAUGGCAACCACCUCCACUGUGUCUGGCUCAUCCUGGCCAGGCCCGAGAGCCGCAUCCACCUGGCCUUCAACGACAUCGACGUGGAACCUCAGUUUGACUUCCUGGUCAUCAAGGAUGGUGCCACCGCCGAGGCCCCAGUGUUGGGCACCUUCUCAGGAAACCAGCUCCCCUCCUCCAUCACCAGCAGUGGCCACGUGGCCCGUCUCGAGUUCCAGACCGACCACUCCACGGGGAAGCGGGGUUUCAAUAUCACCUUUACCACCUUCCGACACAACGAGUGCCCCGACCCUGGCGUCCCGGUCAACGGCAAGCGAUUUGGGGACAGUCUCCAGCUGGGCAGCUCCAUCUCCUUCCUGUGUGACGAAGGCUUCCUCGGGACGCAGGGCUCGGAGACCAUCACCUGCGUCCUGAAGGAGGGCAGCGUGGUCUGGAACAGCGCCGUGCUGCGGUGUGAAGCUCCCUGUGGUGGCCAUCUGACUGCGCCCAGCGGGACCAUCCUGUCUCCGGGCUGGCCUGGCUUCUACAAGGAUGCCUUGAGCUGUGCCUGGGUGAUCGAAGCCCAGCCAGGCUACCCCAUCAAAAUCACCUUCGACAGAUUCAAAACGGAAGUCAACUACGAUACCCUGGAAGUGCGGGAUGGACGGACGUACUCGGCGCCUUUGAUCGGGGUUUACCACGGAACCCAGGUCCCCCAGUUCCUUAUCAGCACCAGCAACUUCCUCUACCUCCUCUUCUCUACUGACAAGAGUCACUCAGACAUCGGCUUCCAGCUCCGCUACGAGACUAUAACCCUGCAGUCAGACCACUGCCUGGACCCAGGGAUCCCUGUAAACGGGCAGCGUCACGGGAAUGACUUCUACGUUGGCGCACUGGUGACCUUCAGCUGCGACUCGGGCUACACACUGAGUGAUGGGGAGCCCCUGGAAUGUGAACCCAACUUCCAGUGGAGUCGAGCUCUGCCCAGCUGUGAAGCUCUCUGUGGGGGCUUCAUUCAAGGCUCCAGUGGGACCAUCUUGUCACCAGGCUUCCCUGACUUCUACCCCAACAACUUGAACUGCACCUGGGUCAUUGAAACAUCGCAUGGCAAGGGUGUGUUCUUCACAUUCCACACCUUCCACCUGGAGAGCGGCCAUGACUACCUCCUCAUCACCGAGAACGGCAGCUUCACGCAGCCCCUGCGGCAGCUGACGGGCUCGCGGCUGCCAGCGCCCAUCAGCGCUGGCCUCUACGGCAACUUCACCGCCCAAGUGCGCUUCAUUUCCGACUUCUCCAUGUCCUACGAAGGAUUCAACAUCACCUUCUCAGAGUAUGACCUGGAGCCCUGCGAGGAGCCGGAGGUCCCAGCCUACAGUAUCCGCAAGGGCCUGCAGUUCGGCGUGGGUGACACCUUGACCUUCUCCUGCUUCCCCGGGUACCGUCUGGAGGGCACCGCCCGCAUCACGUGCCUGGGGGGCAGACGGCGCCUCUGGAGCUCGCCUCUGCCAAGGUGUGUUGCUGAGUGUGGGAACUCAGUGACGGGCACCCAGGGCACUCUGCUGUCCCCCAACUUCCCCGUGAACUACAGCAACAAUCACGAGUGCAUCUACUCCAUCCAGACCCAGCCAGGGAAGGGGAUUCAGCUGAAAGCCAGGGCGUUCGAACUCUCGGAAGGAGAUGUGCUCAAGGUUUAUGAUGGCAACAACAACUCCGCCCGUUUGCUGGGGGUCUUCAGCCGCUCAGAGAUGAUGGGGGUGACUCUGAACAGCACAUCCAGCAGUCUAUGGCUUGAUUUCAUCACGGAUGCUGAAAAUACCAGCAAGGGCUUUGAACUUCAGUUUUCCAGUUUUGAGCUCAUCAAAUGCGAGGAUCCAGGAACGCCCCAGUUUGGCUACAAGGUUCAGGAUGGCGGUCAUUUUGCAGGGAGCUCUGUGUCCUUCAGCUGUGACCCUGGCUACAGCCUGCGGGGCAGUGAGGAGCUGCUGUGUCUGAGUGGGGAGCGCAGGACCUGGGACCGGCCUCUGCCCACCUGUGUCGCUGAGUGUGGAGGGACAGUGAAAGGAGAGGUGUCGGGGCAGGUGCUGUCACCCGGGUAUCCAGCUCCCUAUGAACACAAUCUCAACUGCAUCUGGAUCAUCGAAGCAGAUGCCGGCUGCACCAUUGGGCUCCACUUCCUGGUGUUCGACACAGAGGAGGUGCACGACGUCCUGCGCAUCUGGGACGGGCCCGUGGAGAGCGGGGUCCUGCUGAAGGAGCUGAGCGGCCCCACGCUGCCCAAGGACCUGCACAGCACCUUCAACUCAGUCGUCCUGCAGUUCAGCACUGACUUCUUCACCAGCAAGCAGGGCUUCGCCAUCCAGUUCUCAGUGUCCACAGCAACGUCCUGUAAUGACCCUGGGGUCCCACAGAAUGGGAGCCGGAGCGGCGACAGUUGGGAGGCCGGCGACUCCACGGUGUUCCAGUGCGACCCUGGCUACGUGCUGCAGGGAAGUGCUUCCAUCAGCUGCGUGAGGAUCGAGAACCGGUUCUUCUGGCAGCCCAGCCCACCCACGUGCAUAGCGCCCUGCGGGGGAGACCUGACGGGGCCAUCAGGAGUCAUCCUCUCGCCCAACUACCCGGAGCCCUACCCACCAGGCAAGGAGUGUGACUGGAAGGUGACCGUCUCGCCAGACUACGUGAUCGCCCUGGUGUUUAACAUCUUUAACUUGGAGCCUGGCUAUGACUUCCUCCAUAUCUACGAUGGACGGGACUCUCUCAGCCCUCUCAUAGGAAGCUUCUACGGCUCCCAGCUCCCAGGCCGCAUUGAAAGCAGCAGCAACAGCCUCUUCCUCGCCUUCCGCAGCGAUGCAUCCGUGAGCAACGCUGGCUUCGUCAUCGACUACACAGAAAACCCGCGAGAAUCAUGUUUUGAUCCUGGUUCCAUCAAGAACGGCACACGAGUGGGGUCUGACCUGAAGCUGGGCUCCUCCAUCACCUACUACUGCCAUGGGGGCUAUGAAGUCGAGGGCUCCUCCACGCUGAGCUGUGUCCUGGGGCCCGACGGGAAGCCCGUGUGGAACAAUCCCCGGCCAGUGUGCACAGCCCCCUGUGGGGGACAGUAUGUGGGCUCGGAUGGAGUGGUCCUGUCCCCCAACUAUCCCCAGAACUACACCAGCGGACAGAUCUGCUUGUAUUUUGUCACUGUGCCCAAGGACUAUGUGGUGUUUGGCCAGUUUGCCUUCUUCCACACCGCCCUCAACGACGUAGUGGAGGUGCACGACGGCCACAGCCAGCACGCCCGGCUCCUCAGCUCGCUCUCCGGCUCCCACACAGGUGAGUCGCUGCCCUUGGCUACCUCCAAUCAAGUGCUCAUCAAGUUCAGUGCCAAAGGCCAAGUACCAGCCAGAGGCUUCCACUUUGUCUACCAAGCCGUGCCCCGGACCAGCGCCACGCAGUGCAGCUCUGUGCCGGAACCCCGCUACGGCAAGAGGCUGGGCAGUGACUUCUCCGUGGGCGCCGUCGUCCGCUUCGAAUGCAAUUCCGGUUAUGCCCUGCAGGGGUCCCAAGAAAUCGAGUGCCUCCCUGUGCCAGGGGCCUUGGCCCAGUGGAAUGUCUCAGCACCCACGUGUGUGGUGCCGUGCGGAGGCAACCUCACAGAGCGCAGGGGCACCAUCCUGUCCCCCGGCUUCCCGGAGCCCUACCUCAACAGCCUCAACUGUGUGUGGAAGAUCAUGGUCCCUGAAGGUGCUGGCAUCCAGAUCCAAGUCAUCAGUUUUGUCACAGAGCAGAACUGGGACUCCCUGGAAGUGUUUGAUGGUGCGGACAACACGGUCACCAUGCUGGGGAGUUUCUCAGGGACAACCGUGCCUGCCCUUCUGAACAGCACCUCCAACCAGCUCUACCUUCACUUCUACUCCGACAUCAGCGUAUCUGCGGCCGGCUUUCACCUGGAGUACAAAACCGUGGGCCUGAGCAGCUGUCCAGAACCCGCUGUGCCCAGUAACGGGGUGAAGAGCGGCGAGCGCUACCUGGUGAAUGACGUGGUCUCUUUCCAGUGCGAGCCGGGCUAUGCCCUCCAGGGCCACGCGCACAUCUCCUGCAUGCCGGGGACCGUUCGGCGCUGGAACUACCCUCCUCCGCUCUGCAUUGCGCAGUGUGGGGGAGCAGUGGAGGAGAUGGAGGGGGUCAUCCUGAGCCCUGGCUUCCCAGGCAACUACCCCAGUAACAUGGACUGCUCUUGGAAGAUCGCACUGCCCGUGGGCUUUGGAGCUCACAUCCAGUUCCUGAACUUCUCCACCGAGCCCAACCACGACUUCAUCGAAAUCCGCAAUGGCCCGUACGAGACCAGCCGGAUGAUGGGCCGGUUCAGCGGCAGCGAGCUGCCCAGCGCGCUGCUCUCCACGUCCCACGAGACCACGGUGUACUUCCACAGCGACCACUCCCAGAACCGGCCGGGGUUCAAGCUGGAGUACCAGGCCUAUGAGCUUCAGGAGUGUCCAGACCCAGAGCCCUUCGCCAAUGGCAUCGUGAGGGGAGCCGGCUACAAUGUGGGACAGUCCGUGACCUUCGAGUGCCUCCCGGGAUAUCAGCUGAUGGGCCACCCCGUCCUCACGUGUCAGCAUGGCACCAACCGGAACUGGGACCAUCCCCUGCCCAGGUGUGAAGUUCCCUGCGGCGGGAACGUCACCUCCUUCAACGGCACUGUGUACUCCCCGGGGUACCCCCAGCCGUACGCCAGCUCCCAGGACUGCGUCUGGCUGAUCACCGUGCCCAUCGGUCAUGGCGUCCGCCUCAACCUCAGCCUGCUGCAGACUGAGCCUUCCGGAGACUUCAUCACCGUCUGGGAUGGGCCACAGCAGACAGCGCCCCAGCUCGGAGUCUUCACCAGGACCUUGGCCAAGAAAAUGAUGCACAGCUCAUCCAACCAGGUCCUGCUCAAGUUCCGCCAUGAAGCGGCCACGGGCGGGAUCUUCGCCAUCGCCUUCUCGGCUUAUCCACUCACCAAAUGCCCUCCUCCCACCAUCCUCCCCAACGCCGAAGUCGUCACCGAGAAUGAGGAGUUCAACAUAGGUGACAUCGUACGCUACAGGUGCCUGCCUGGCUUCACCUUGGUGGGGAAUGAAAUCCUGACCUGCAAACUUGGGACGUCCCUGCAAUUCGAAGGCCCACCCCCACUCUGUGAAGUGCACUGCCCAACGAAUGAGCUUCUGACAGACUCCACAGGCGUGAUCCUGAGUCAGAGCUACCCCGGAAGCUACCCUCAGUUCCAGACCUGCUCUUGGCUGGUUAGGGUGGAGCCCGAUUACAACAUCUCCAUCACAGUGGAGUACUUCCUCAGCGAGAAGCAGUACGAUGAGUUUGAGAUCUUCGACGGGCCCUCUGGACAAAGUCCUCUGCUGAAAGCCCUCAGUGGGAAUUACUCGGCUCCCCUGAUCGUCACCAGCUCAAGCAACUCUGUGUACCUGCGCUGGUCGUCUGACCACGCCUACAACCGGAAGGGCUUCAAGAUCCGGUAUUCGGCCCCUUACUGCAGCCUGCCUCGGGCCCCACUGCACGGCUUCAUCCUGGGCCAGACGAGCACCCAGCCCGGCGGCUCCAUCCACUUCGGCUGCAAUGCUGGAUACCGCCUGGUGGGACACAGCAUGGCCAUUUGUACCCGGCACCCCCAGGGCUACCACCUGUGGAGCGAAGCCAUCCCUCUCUGCCAAGCUCUUUCCUGCGGCCUUCCCGAGGCUCCCAAGAAUGGAAUGGUGUUUGGCAAGGAGUACACGGUGGGGACCAAGGCUGUGUACAGCUGCGGCGAAGGCUACCACCUGCAGGCAGGCGCCGAGGCCACUGCGGAGUGCCUGGAUACAGGCCGAUGGAGCAACCACAACGUGCCCCCGCAGUGUGUCCCCGUGACCUGUCCCGAAGUCAGCAGCAUCGGCGUGGAGCAUGGCCGCUGGAGGCUCAUCUUUGAGACACAGUACCAGUUCCAAGCCCAGCUCAUGCUCAUCUGUGACCCUGGCUACUACUACACUGGCCAGAGGGUCAUCCGCUGUCAGGCCAACGGCAGAUGGAGCCUCGGUGACUCCAUGCCCACCUGCCAGAUCAUCUCCUGUGGCGAGCUGCCCAUCCCUCCCAGCGGGCACCGCAUCGGGACGCUGUCCGUCUACGGGGCGACGGCCAUCUUCUCCUGCAAUUCCGGGUACACGCUGGUGGGCUCCAGGGUGCGGGAGUGCAUGGCCAACGGGCUCUGGAGCGGCUCUGAGGUCCGCUGCCUUGCCGGACACUGUGGAACUCCCGACCCCAUUGUCAACGGGCACAUCAAUGGCGAGAACUACAACUACAGGGGCAGCGUGGUGUACCAGUGCAACGCCGGCUUCCGCCUCAUCGGCAUGUCUGUGCGCAUCUGCCAGCAGGAUCACCGCUGGUCUGGCAAGACCCCUUUCUGUGUGCCCAUCACCUGUGGACACCCAGGCAACCCCAUCAACGGCCUCACUCAGGGCAACCAGUUCAACCUCAACGACGUGGUCAAGUUUGUUUGCAACCCUGGGUACGUGGCAGAGGGGGCUGCCAGGUCGCAGUGCCUGGCCAGCGGCCAGUGGAGCGACGCGCUGCCCACCUGCAGAAUCAUCAACUGUACAGAUCCGGGGCACCAAGAAAACAGCAUCCGCCAGGUGCACGCCAGCGGCCCGCACAGGUUCAGCUACGGCACCACCGUGUCUUACCAGUGCAGCCACGGCUUCUACUUGCUGGGCACCCCUGUGCUCAGCUGCCAGGGCGAUGGCACGUGGGACCGCCCCCGCCCCCAGUGUCUCUUGGUGUCCUGUGGCCACCCGGGCGCCCCGCCUCACGCCCAGAUGUCAGGAGACAGCUAUACCGUGGGGUCGGUCGUGCGUUACAGCUGCACUGGCAAGCGGACUCUGGUGGGAAACGCCACACGCAUGUGUGGGCUGGAUGGACACUGGACUGGCUCCCUCCCCCACUGCUCAGGAACCAGCGUGGGGGUUUGCGGCGACCCCGGCAUCCCGGCCCAUGGCAUCCGGCUGGGGGAUAGCUUCGCUCCGGGCAGCCUGAUGCGCUUCAGCUGCGAAGCCGGAUACGCGCUCCGGGGAUCAUCGGAGCGAACCUGCCAGGCCAACGGCUCGUGGAGCGGCUCCCAGCCUGAGUGUGGAGUGAUCUCCUGUGGGAACCCCGGGACGCCAAGCAAUGCCCGAGUCACGUUCAGCGACGGACUAGUCUUCUCCAGCUCCAUCGUCUACGAGUGUCGGGAAGGCUACUACGCCACGGGCCUGCUCAGCAGACACUGCUCCGUCAAUGGCACCUGGACGGGCAGUGACCCCGAGUGCACAGUCAUAAACUGUGGUGACCCUGGGAUUCCAGCCAAUGGCCUCCGACUGGGCAACGACUUCAGGUAUAACAAGACCGUGACGUACCAGUGCGUCCCUGGAUACAUGAUGGAGUCACAUCGGGUGUCCGUGCUGAGCUGCACCAAGGACCGGACAUGGAAUGGCACCAAGCCUGUCUGCAAAGCUAUCAUGUGCAAGCCGCCUCAGCUCAUCCCCAACGGGAAGGUGGUGGGAUCCGACUUCAUGUGGGGCUCGAGCGUGACUUACGCCUGCCUGGAGGGCUACCAGCUCUCGCUGCCCGCGGUGCUCACCUGCGAGGGGAACGGGUCCUGGACCGGAGAGCUGCCGCAGUGCUUCCCGGUGUUCUGCGGAGACCCAGGCGUCCCGCCCCGCGGGAGGAGAGAAGACCGAGGCUUCUCCUACAGGUCGUCCGUCUCCUACUCCUGCCAGCCCCCUCUGCUGCUGGUGGGCUCUCCACGAAGGUUUUGCCAGUCGGACGGGACGUGGAGUGGUACCCAGCCCAGCUGCGUAGAUCCGACGCUGACUGUGUGUGCAGACCCCGGCAAGCCACAGUUUGGGAUGCAGAACAGUUCCCAGGGCUAUCAGGUCGGAAGCACCGUGCUCUUCCGCUGUCAGAAAGGCUACCUGCUCCAGGGUUCCACCACCAGGACCUGCCUCCCGAACCUGACGUGGAGCGGCACCCCGCCCGACUGUGUCCCCCACCACUGCAGGCAGCCAGAGACGCCCACCCACGCCAACGUCGGGGCCCUGGACCUGCCCUCCAUGGGCUACACGCUCAUCUACUCCUGCCAGGAGGGCUUCACUCUGAAGGGCGGCUCCGAGCACCGCACCUGCAAAGCAGAUGGCAGCUGGACAGGCAAGCCGCCCAUCUGCCUGGCAGAGGUCCGGCCCAGUGGGAGACCCAUCAACACGGCCCGAGAGCCGCCACUCACCCAAGCCUCAGUUCCUGGGGACGUUUUUGCCAAGAAUUCUCUGUGGAAAGGGGCCUAUGAGUACCAAGGGAAGAAGCAGCCGGCCAUGCUCAAAGUCACUGGCCUCCAGGUGGCCAACAGCAAGGUCAACGCCACCAUGAUUGACCACAGUGGUGUGGAGCUGCACUUGGCUGGAACUUACAAGAAAGAAGAUUUCCACCUCCUGCUCCACGUUUACCAGAUCAUGGGGCCUGCAGAGAUCUUCGUGAACAAGUUCAGAGACGACCACUGGGCUCUGGACGGGCACGUCUCCUCCGAGUCCUCUGGAGGUACCUUCAUCUACCAAGGCUCCGUCAAGGGCCAAGGCUUCGGGCAUUUCGGCUUUCAGAGACUCGACCUCAGGCUGUGGGAGUCAGACCCCGAGUCCAUCGGCCGCCACUUUGCUUCCAACAGCAGCUCGGUGGCCGCUGCCAUCCUGGUGCCUUUCAUCGCCCUCAUCAUCGCGGGCUUCGUGCUAUAUCUCUACAAACACAGGAGAAGACCCAAGGUUCCCUUCAACGGCUACGCGGGCCACGAGAACACAAACGUUCGAGCCACGUUUGAGAACCCAAUGUAUGAUCGCAACAUCCAGCCCACGGACAUCAUGGCCAGCGAGGCGGAGUUCACGGUCAGCACGGUGUGUACUGCAGUAUAGCCCCCAGGCCUGGCUGCCGCCCCACCGCCACCGAGAGCCCCGCCUCCAGCAGCCGCUCCCCGGGGGGCAGGAAGGAGCCCCCUGAGCACAGCGCCCAGUCCCCCAUCUCCGUCCGUCUCUCCGCCUGUGUCUGCCACUGCUGGGACUCGGGCCCUCGCCCUGCCACCUUCUGCGUCUGCCACCCUGGAGAGGGGCUCCCGCCGUGCCCUGGCUGCGGACAGUCAAGGAAGCCGGGCUGCAGACAGAGGAAGGGAGUUUAUGGGUUGAAAACAAGCAAAGCAGUUUGUGGAUGUGCGUGUGUGUGUGUGUGUGUGUGGGACUGAGCACACACACACGCUCCUCCCCUUCACUUGCAUCGCAUGGAAGAGGCCAUAAAAGAUAAAAAGAGAUGUGUGUGGCAAGGAUGCCCAGCCCUGCUCCAGAGACACAGAGAAGAGGCAGGGGCUGGGGGGAGGGGCACGAUCAGCUUCUGACCCAACGUGGCCUCCGGCGUCCCACAUGUGAGAACCUGGUGAAUGCAGUACCGAGAUCCAUCCCUUGCUGGCCGGCACUCGGCAGCCAGGGUCUGUGGGCGGACAGGGACAGCAAGAUGGCCCCGGGGGCCCUGGGGGAAUCUUCAGAAACAGCUUGGAAAGGAAUUUCUUUAUUUUUUUCCAAACAUCAUUGCCUUGAGUUCUGAACCCAAGGAAUUAAAAAGUCAUUUGGGUCCUGGGCAGCAUGGGAGAAGGGGGAGCCUGAGGGAGACAGGGCAGGAAUCUGCCAAGAUCCCAAGCUCAGAUCUGUCAGCCAACGGAAGAGGAGACUGUCUGUGGUCCAGACGGGGACGCCAGGUCUGGAGGCAGCCGGGAGGCCCCGGGCAGGACAGAGGAGCCAGCCUGCCGCAGGACCCAGCGAAUGACGGCUCCUCUGCUCUGCCUGAUGCUUCUCAGCGGUUACUUCCGGUCCACCAGCAGGUACAGGCGAGGAAAGGUCAGGAAGUGAGGAGUCAGUACAAAUGCCGAUGGGUCUGACCCCGCUACACCAGCUGCCCGACACCCAGGUCUAGAGGGGACAGCAAAUGCAGGGAGGAGUGGAUGAAUCCCCACAGGAGCACUCUGCCAGCUCUGGCAGGUUGGGCCGGGGACCCGUGUGUCCUAUCUGGGUUCUGCUGUUGGCACGUGGGCAACAUCAGGACAAGGACCCAGGACCCCAGGCCUCCUGGAGCCGGUGCUGGUCCCUUGGCUCCCAGCAGCCCCUGCCCACAGCCAACCAAGGACACAGGAGCUUCUGAAUCAAAAGAUUGGGAGGAGGGAAGUCACCCCUGUGCCGCUGCUUGCAAGUGGCUUUGCUUGAUUCUCACAGUUUUGUGUGCAUGGCUCAGCCAUGAAUUCCCCACGAGGACUGCCGGGAAGCCACCUGCUCUGUCCUUGGGAAGGUCCCGGUAGGCGUCCACACCUGUGCCUGUGUGACAUGCCUGGCCUCGGGUCCUGUGGGACUGGAGAGGUGGGGACACGGGCUCUGCUGUUGAGAUGGCCCUAGUGAAGUGACACAUUAGCUUCCAGCAGAUACAGUGGAGACAGACAAAGGCGGGAGCCCCUUCCUGCCCGCACCCACGCUGGGAUGCAGCAUCUCUGGGUCGGUGGGAGAGGACCAAGCCAGGCACCCACACUCUCGCCUCUCUCCUUCCCUGGACACACGCGCAGGAAGCUCUCCGGCUGCUGCCCUCCAGCUUCGUACUCUCACUCAGACCACCUGUGGACUCCCUCUCCGCCCCCCGCCCCCCACCUCUCGAUCCUUGUGUCUCCUUGUCAAGUCCAAGAGAUGCCCAAGGAGCACUUGCUGCUGGGGCCCCGCACUCUGCUGUGCGCCCCCCCCCCCCCCCCCCCCGGCAUUUCUCUCCACCUGCAGAGGCUGGGAAAGGAGCAGGGCAGAACAAGCCCCUCCCCUGCCGAUCACGCCAUAGGCCCACCACCGCCAUCCCAUGAGAAAAAAAAAGUAAAACAAAAAUGAACAAAAAAAUCUUUUGUACAGAGAUAUAUUUUUAUUAUACAAAGUUUGUACAGUACCAAAAAAGAAAAAAAAAGGUGUACAUUUUUUUUCAUUAUUGUAGGUAAACGGUAGUGGAAGCCUUUUUUUGUAAAUGUAAUAAAAUGUAUAAAUAUGGUUUUCAGAAAACAUCAAGUGCUGUAAAUAUGUAAUCUACACCUCCCCCGGCUUGUCUGCAGUAUAUGCAUUUAAUUUAUCUGUCUCUGUCUGUGAGGCUUCCCCCUGGGGUCCUGCAUUAUGGUACUUUCCUGAAUUUGAAAGCAAUUUUAAAUUUUUUGAAUUCAAAUAAAAUAUAAAUUUUUG